AUGAACAACAUCACAGAGUGUGACUCUGUGACAUUGUUCAUCUGUUGGGACUCUGUGACAUUCCUUUUCUCUUCAACCCACAACUUCACCACCACUCUGUCAACACCAACAACUCCACCUCACCACCAUGUCACUGUCAUGCCAGGUCACGCAACCCACCACUGCAAAGAACCCUGGCUGCCCAAACUGACAAUGACCACCCAACAAACAACACACAAAUGGCCACCACCCACAAAAAUCAAUGACCAGCACCCACGAAAGUCGACGCACAUGCCCAUGGUGCACCCACCCCAAUGCAACAAGGAUGCUGAUGGCGCACAACGACACACAACAUUGUCACGGAACAACUACAACCACCCCGGCACCACAAGAAUGACACAGCAGCGCCACAUCACCAACCCCCAGCAAACACACGACAUUGAAGGAGAUCGACGGCAGGCGAGGACGACGGUGACGAGGUUGUGCCGUACCCAGCCUGUCGUCAUUGGUCGUCUUUGUUUCACCUGGCAGACCACAAUGACUGCCCUAAAAAUGAAGACAACAAUGGAUGAAGGUGUGGGUGGUGGACCAUGGACGAAGACGAACACUCACGGAUGA